AUGAAAGCUGGCCGAGCGCCUAGGUCACGUGUUAAAGUAAAGAAACAUGAUAAAAAACGACUAUCUGAAGAAGAAAUAGAAUCCGAAAGUGACGUUGAUUCUGUUGUAUCUGGAUCGGAUUCUGAUGAGUCAGUGCACGAGACCGCUCAUGAGAAGAAAGUCCGACUCACAAAAAAGGCCAUACAGAAAACCCUAGAAACAGGUAUUACGAUUUUUUUCUGA